GAGGGGAGGAUAAGAUCAGCUGUGAACUCUAGACAAAAGGGUUGCAUGAGAGCCCAGAAUGUAGUUCAACACGGAAGAGCUUCUAAAAACAUUUGUGGAGAGCAAGAGAGGAACAUUUUUUUUAACAUAAUGGAAGGCACUGACUUUUCUUCGCUAAACCUAUCUAAGCCUAAACUGUUUGACUUUGAGGGCAUUUCUAUGAUACACUACUUCACUGACAACUGGGAAAAGGUUCAGAACUUUCAAGCAAGACCAGACGAUAUUCUAAUCGCCACUUAUCCAAAAGCAGGUACCACCUGGGUGUCUUAUAUACUUGACCUUCUGUAUUUUGGUAAUGAUGCUUCGGAGCGCCAGAUGUCCCUGCCUAUCUAUAUGAGAGUGCCAUUCCUCGAGUCAUGCUUUAAAGUGAUGCCACCAGGGACAGAACUGGCGGAUAAUCUGGCCACCUCUCCUCGCCUCAUCAAAACUCAUCUACCUGUUCAGCUUGUGCCCAAGUCCUUCUGGGAGCAGAACUCAAGGGUGGUGUAUGUAGGUCGUAAUGCAAAAGAUAAUGCAGUUUCCUAUUUCCAUUUUGAUCGAAUGAACAUGGCACAGCCUGAAGCAGGAGAUUGGAACACCUACUUACAGAACUUUAUGGAAGGAAAGAAUGUGUUUGGCCCUUGGUACGACCAUGUCAGUGGAUGGUGGGAGAAAAAAAAGACAUAUUCUAACUUACUGUACUUGUUUUUUGAAGAUAUGGUUGAAGACACUGGACGUGAGGUGGAACGUUUGUGCUCCUUCCUGGGUUUGUCCACCCCAGUUGAGGAGAGAGAGAAAAUAACGAAAGGAGUUCAGUUUGAUGCCAUGAAACAGAACAAGAUGACCAACUAUUCCACAAUCCCAGUCAUGGAUUUCAAGAUCUCACCCUUCAUGCGGAAAGGUAAAGUUGGAGAUUGGAAAACUCACUUCACAGUGGCACAAAAUGAAAAGUUUGAUGAGGUCUACAAACAAAAGAUGAAAGACACAACUGUCAAGUUCCGGACAGAAAUUUAAGGCUUAUGUUCUGGACAUUGCUACAUACUAGUCACUAAACACCUUAGGCAUUCAUCUCAAUUGUCGGACAGAUAGCUAUUUACUUCUCAUUUGUAUUGAUUUUCAUUAUAUUAAUUACUAUUGUUCAAAACAUUUGUCUGUUUGAGCAUACCGGCCAGCCUAACAUAGCAACCAUAGCUUUACCAAUGCCAUGAGUUUGGGACUGGACUUUCUAUUUGCCCUACCAAUGGCAGAUGGGGGAGUGUUCUAGAAAAGUGUUUGCUAACAGUGAUUAAUUUUUUCAAUUCUGUUUUGUGCUGAAGUUACACAUUGCAACUUUAAUAGUUUUUUUUUUUUGUAUACAAGAACACAUUAUGUAUCAUAAUUGCUUUCUGUUUUACUGUUUUAACCAUCCUAGGCUGUUCAAUAUUUGUUGACACCUUUGCUGUUCCCAGUCAUUUUUCUGACCGGAUACAGUAAAGGUGUACCCUUUUCUUUUCUUUUUAAAUAAAAGGUUAUAACACUAACUUCCCUGAAGUAAUAACAGUAAAAUUAUCCUCUUCUUUUUGUAUUUUAUGAUAUUUAGACCUUAUUUUCAUGUAAAUUUCUCAAUUUCACCAUAACUUGCAUUUGCAAAUAAGCAAAUUUAUGUAACUUCACUUCAGUAAAAAAUUACACUUCUGUAAGUUUAAACAUGCAGAGUAUGUAUAUGUGUCAUGUUUUGGGGGCAGAUUGCUGCCAUAAGGUGAAAAAUAAAUAUAUAACAUGACUUAAAAAUUAUGUUGUGACAAUAAUGGCCACUAGAUGGCUGCAGUGUUUCAUGCUUCCACCUGCUGUGCAGUAAUUCUAGUUUUGCAUUUGGACCAUGGUGACACAAAGAUAAGACAUAGAAUAAGAAUUUUGUCACCAAUAAUUUGUUUGAAAUAUCAAAAUUCAAUAACUCAAAGUAAAUAUCGGAGUUCAUUUCUAUGAACUAUGACUCCA